GAUGAGCAGCAGUAGUCAGUGAGGCAGCAGAGGCUGUGUGUGUGUGUGACUGUGAGUGUGUAGCAGCAUCUGGCAGCAGCAGCAGCAGGAUCGCAUGCUCUGGUCUAUACCCGGCGCACCCCCCGGCACAGCAGCAUGGCAGUCGCAGUGGGCAGGCAGACUUCGCCUAAUGAUGACCUCCGGAAUCUAGCCCUCUCUGGUCAUGUUGGGUUUGACAGUCUUCCUGACCAGCUGGUGAACAAAUCCACUUCCCAGGGAUUCUGCUUUAAUAUACUAUGUGUUGGUGAAACUGGCAUUGGGAAGUCAACAUUAAUGGACACUAUAUUCAACACAAAGUUUGAAAGUGAACCAGUUUCUCACAGUGAGCCUGGUGUGCGAUUAAAAGCAAGAAGCUACGAACUUCAGGAGAGUAAUGUGCGUCUGAAGCUAACCAUAGUUGAUACCGUAGGAUUUGGGGACCAAAUAAAUAAAGAUGAUAGCUACCGACCUAUUGUAGAGUACAUUGAUACACAGUUUGAGGCCUUUCUCCAAGAAGAGCUGAAAAUCAAAAGAUCACUUUUUAACUACCAUGACACCAGGAUUCACGCCUGUCUGUACUUCAUAGCGCCCACUGGCCAUUCCCUGAAGUCUCUUGACCUGGUCACAAUGAAGAAGCUUGACAGUAAGGUGAAUAUCAUCCCGAUCAUUGCUAAAGCAGACACUAUUGCCAAAAACGAGCUGCACAAAUUCAAAAGUAAGAUUAUGAGCGAGCUGGUCAGCAAUGGAGUGCAGAUCUACCAGUUUCCAACAGAUGAAGAGACCGUUGCAGAGAUCAAUGCCACAAUGAGUGUACACCUUCCAUUUGCAGUUGUUGGCAGUACAGAAGAAGUGAAAAUUGGCAACAAAAUGGCUAAAGCAAGGCAGUACCCAUGGGGUAUUGUUCAGGUUGAGAAUGAGAAUCACUGUGACUUUGUGAAACUCCGAGAAAUGUUGAUACGAGUAAACAUGGAGGACCUAAGAGAGCAGACGCAUGCUCGUCACUAUGAGCUGUACAGGCGCUGCAAGCUGGAAGAAAUGGGCUUCAAAGACACCGACCCUGAUAGCAAACCCUUCAGUCUCCAGGAAACGUAUGAAGCCAAGAGGAAUGAGUUCCUUGGAGAACUACAGAAGAAGGAGGAAGAAAUGAGACAAAUGUUUGUCAUGAGAGUAAAAGAAAAGGAAGCUGAACUUAAAGAGGCUGAAAAAGAACUCCAUGAAAAGUUUGAUCUCCUGAAGCGAACUCACCAAGAGGAGAAGAAGAAGCUGGAAGACAAGAAGAAGGAGAUCGAGGAAGAAGUGAACAUGUUCCAGAAAAAGAAAGCAGCCACACAGCUACUGCAGUCCCAGGCCCAACAAGCUGGCUCCCAGACAACUAAGAAGGACAAGGACAAGAAAAAUGCAAGCUUCACAUAAAGUGUGCCGAGCCAAGGAUGUCCCAGCAUUCACCUGCUUUUUGCAGUAAUGUCUCCCCGCCAUUUCCUCGACACAGAUCACUAAUCAAUCACUUAACGCAUCAUGUUUGGCUGUCCGUGGGGGAGACUGCGUGCACUCGGACUAUAUGUUUUGUUGCUGGGAGGCGAAUGUUGCUGAGCCUAGCCUGCUCUGAAUGGCAGGGACAUGUGCCUAUCACAAUCCUUAUUGUGCUUCUGCUGACUAAAAUCUAUCUAAUCCUUGAAGACCUUACCUUCAUGCAUUUUAGAAUGGACCAGUCACUGAGCUGAACCUUUACUUGGACAUCAAACAAUUGCAAAUGAUCUUUCUCAGUCAGCUGACUAAUGAGCAGUAUGCACAUGACUACCGUUUAUAGCGCAUUCUUUAACAAUCUUGUAUACCUUUUUUUGAUUAUUGAAAAGGAAAAAACUAAAUGAUGUGGCUAAAUAUGUAUUCAUAUCUCAUUUAAAAAAAAAAUCUAUGUUCAAUCUAAAUUGAAUUUCAAAACUCUGUGUUCUUGCAAAACAAGUUCUGAUAAUGCUCCUCACAUACCAGUGUGAACCAUUCUACUUAGCUUUGCACAUGUAGGUUUCUGAAAUCUUCUCAUAUCUCCUCAUUAAAAAAUGCUUCACACUGUUUAAGAGGCCGGACUUGAAAAACCAGCCACAUAAGAAUGAAACUGUAUGCUCUUUAGAGGUGCUGCUAACUUGGAAGGGGAUAUAGUCAGGAUCCUGACUGCCAGAAUUCCGAGGCUCACAUUGCUGACUGAUGCUCAAGGUGAGUGUUAGGGUUAGUUGUAGGGUUAGUCAUUAGGAGGAGGUUUAAGCUGGUGGGGGGCAAGGAUAGGCUGCGGGAGGAGGGGGGGGGGGUUUAGAUCUAAGGUUAGGGUGAAACUAUUAAUCAAAAUCAGUCGGCAUUCUAAGUGCCGGAAUUCUGUCCAUAGGGAUCCCGACCGCCGGGAUUUUGUACCCCACCUCUUCGAAGACCAUAAAACCAUCAGUGUAAAUUAAUAAGGUUUUUUCCUGUUUGUUUUUUUCUUUUCUACUGGAGGUGCUAUAGCGGUAGUAAAAGCCUUGGCUUAACGCAACAGCUUAUUUCUUUUCUGGUACAUUCUUGACCCCCCUCAAGAAUGUGUUCUGCGCCUACGUUAUGAAUCUGGGGCACCAGGGUUUGGCAAGGCAACUGGCUUACAAAGCAACAAGAAUCUUCUGUUUUAUGCAAGUGUUAGAUUUCUAGUAAAUGGUUUAAGUAUUACUCCCUUAUGUACAUGUACUUCAGAGAGUAGGAGAUUUAUAUAUGUAUGUAAGUAUCUAUCUUUGCUAAGGAUCUCCCAUAUCCAUUGCUGUUCUUUUUCAAGUGUACAAGAAAGCUUUCCACCUUAACAUCCCAAGCUCAUUUUGCACUGGCAUACAUGGCAAGAAAACUGACUAAACUGUCUCUUGUAUUUUUUUCUAUGCGGUUCCUUCCUGGACAGCUCCUUCCCCUUUAUGAUACAUUCCAAGAAGUGGCGACCCAUGUUUACCUUUUGACCUCUGGGAUUUCUUUUUCUUCUGACGUGUUUUGCCUGAUUCCCUCUCCCCUCUGCUCGUAGCUAGGUAGCCUCUCUUAUGUUAUUCCUAAGCUUGCCUGGAUCACUGCACAUCCCACUCUGCCUGCAGCUGACCCCUCACUUGCAAGUGUGCUGGAAUGCUUUUAUGCAUCUUAAUGCUUGAUAUUGCCUUGGUGGAGGCAAAUCUUUUUUAUUUUAUCACUGCCUAAACAUGGCUCUGGGUGGUAUUCAGUAUAGGAAAGACCACUAUGCAAAAAAAAACACAGAACAGGGACACUGGAGCCUACGGGUUUAGUAAUGCUAGCAGCUUUAGCAUCAAAUCAUAAACCAGUUUCCUUACCAUGAGUUGUGUUUGGUCACUCAUUACACCCUCAAGCAUUGAGAAGUCUCGCUCUGGAUGUCUUUGUGUGGUGUUUUUGUUUUAUUUGUAAUGCAUUGCACAAGUCAAUUUCCAUUUAUAUAUAAGAUGUCCUGACAGUGUUUGAGUCUGUGGCCACGGAUCUUUAUUUCACCAUGUAUAACAUUAUGAUGGAAUAAAAUGCGCCUAAUCUCAGGAGUCUGAUCCUUAACUACAUUUUGUGGCGAGCAUUCCAAUGUUUUGGAAUUGUCUAGUAAGUGUCAAUUAUUGUGUUGCACAGCUGUACCCCUAAAUGAGAGAGAGAGUCCAUUCUAGAACAGAUGGACUCAAUGUUUCAUGUAGCAAGCAUGGUGCUAGACUUACAGCUAUAUAAAGCCUUAUGCACAUUUGUAAUGAUGAGCUUUGUACUAUUUAUACCUUUUUGUAAUUGGAAGAAGGUUUUUAUUUAAUGAUAUUUAAAAAGAGAGCACGUUAUGAUCCAAACAUUUCAUUUAUUAAGUGUCUUCUUCAAGCCUUAAUUACAUACCCCUGGGCCAUGUUUAGCAUAAUACCGCCGCACCUGUUUGUUCUUCUUCUUUCUUUCUGUGUCUAUACUUUUUCCACAGUAGUCCUUGGCUGUGCACGGAGUAAGUGGCUUCCCUCCAAUCUAUUUGGAUGUGCUUCCCCUGCACGCAUGUAAGUAAAUCAGUCUGGAUUUUUGUCUGCGAUGUUUGUAGCCAUGAUUACUGAAUGCUGUGGAAUGUGAGCUUGUGUGCAUCAUUAUAAAGUAGUGGAUCAUAUUUUUUUUUUUUUUACUUUGAAGUAAUGAACAUGUAACCGUCCCACAGAAUGUGGGAAAGGAGCAAUUACACUUCUCAGGCCUGUUUCGUACAUUUGUUCCCUUUAGUGUCAAGAAGUUCUAGCUAGCGUCAUAAAUAUAGCAUGUUUCAGUCACAGACUAAUAAUUCAUGCCAACAGAUGGCUGCCUUGUUACAAGCAUUUCAAUUAUGAAUACUUCUUGAUACAAUGUGCUGCUGACAUUUAUGGCCUGUAUAAUUAAAUACAUCACCAUUUUUCAUGGACUGUGGACAAGAAAAAAUAUAUAUAUUGUGUUAAAACAGCAUUUACUCAUGAAAACACAAUGCCAUAAUUAUGUAAUAGCACAUUGGGAGAUAUCGUAUUGCAUUUGAAAUUUCACAUGAACACUAAAACAGGGUUUAUUAAUGCCAGUACUUAGCAUGUUUGCAGCUUCAUUUAUCAGGAAUGAUUGGGACUGACUCAUUCUAAUAGGUCCAAGUAUGUUAUUCUCAAAUAGACUGAUCCAGCCACUUGUGCAGGCUCUAAGGUGUAAAUUUACUAACCACCAGACGGCGUUUAGCUGUGUAAAAACAGACUAUCAUCCGUCGUCUUUCGGCUUCAUUUGUAAUCUGACGUCAAUGUCAGUCUGUUUUUGCAGCUUUAAAUGGUGUCUGUUUUGAUCUUUCAGUUCAAAGCUGAUGGCAAAUAGAAAUUAAAAAACGACAGCAAACCCAUCCAAACAGAAGCAAAGCAGAGAUCAGUAUGAUCUGUGCAGGGAUCUUAGGUGUAAAACAUGGAAGAGUUCAUAUUGAAAAAAAGACAUGUGGGGUCCGCCCCGCCAACACCAUAACCAGCCCUGGAGCCCUUAGCCUGGGCUGGUAUGGGGAAAAAUGGCAUGGGGAUGAAAGUCCAGGGAUAUUUGAAACCCUGGAGGCAGUGGGUGCAGGGUUCAUGGAUAAAGAACAGAUAAUAAUGUUUGUUACAGGCAGACUACAGGUUCCAGCAAGCCUGCCCCGACAUGCAUGCAUUUGUGGAAUAAUAAGUACCUGCAUGCCUGGUUAUUUAGGGCCUGCUGGCACCUGUAGUCUGCUUGUACAGAAAGUAUUAAAAGAACCACAAGACGCAUACACCGACAGUCCAUAUAGGCCAUGGGGUCUUCAACCUGCUGCCCUCCAGCUGCUGUGAAACUACACAUUCCAGCAUGUCUGACCCUUGAUGAAGUCAGACAGACGAAACGUGUUGGGUAUACCUCAUUGACUCCUCAUAUUAAGAUAAGCUCCUAGUUCUCAUUUUAUAGCUAUAUAUUGCCUCUUUUAUCAUUUUAUUUCUUAUAGUUUUUUAUACUGAUUUCUCAUUAUUUUAUGUGUCUCUUGAUUUGUGUUUAUAUAUGAAUACUGGUUUUUACCUUUGUGUCUAGAAUAAAAUUGUUAUAUCUUUUUAAACAAACCCCCUUUCCGUCUCAUCCUGUUUAAAUAAAUACCGGUACUAUCUUUUAGUUUUAUUACCACACUUCCAAGCCUUCUUUUAAACUAAGAAAGGUUAUAAACACCGUUGGUCGCUGAUACCCCUAUUCCUACAUCCAUAUUCCAGCAUGCCCGCCUCAGUUUUAGCAUGCCUUAAUAGCAAAGCUGUGGAAGGGCAUGCUGGGAUGCAUAGUUCCACAGCAGCUGGCAUGCCGCAGGUUGAAGACCCAUGAUUUAGGCAAUCCAUUCUUUUUUGCAAAAACAAACAAAGGACUGUACCUAGGGUUGCCAUCCCUUUAAUUCUGGACACAUUAAUUACACAGGUUCUGUGGCUGGCUGACUUCAAGACUCCAUUUCACCUGGUUUUAAUCAGCCACAGAACCUGUGUAAUUAAUGUGUGUCCAGAAUUAAAGGGAUGAGGUGGCAACCCUAUCUGUAUCCCAUGAACAAUACCUACUCCAAAAUGACAGGUGUUAGGAAUAGAUGGGGACAUGCUGUUUGGCUGAGAGUAUGGCAAUGGACGGUUCAAGGUUUCGAUCAUCUUUGACUCUAGUGAUUGGUGGUUUACAAAAAAAGACAGAAAAAUGUCCAAAAACCCAAAACCGAUGCUUUAGUAAAUGUAUCCCUAAGUUGACUAUGGGGGAGCUAUAUUAAGUCUUCUAAAGUGUGUAGAAAUGGACAAGCUGUCCAUUAGCAACUAAUCAGCUUCUAGUUAGCAAUUUAUCAAGUACCUUCCAUAAAAUUAUAGGUAGGAGCCAGUGACAUGCGGUGAGGUGAGGCAGAGCCUUUUCGGUCCUACUCCAGUGUAUAUAUCCAAAACUCUGGCAUAAAGUACAUGAAAAAUACAUAGAAUCCUAUAUAAUAAAAAGCUACGGCUGCUCCUCACCUCUGUUAUGUGCGCUGCUGGCCACUAGAGGCCGCCGCAUAAAUCAAAUGACUCCAGUGUGUGCUGACAGUAAAAGCGAUACUGCAGGGAGAUUUUACAGCCUGCCCGGGCUCAGCUGCCCUACUAACACCAGCACAGGUUGCGGGAACCAUUGAGAGGAUGACCCUAUCUGUGAUAAAAUAGGUGCAGCAUCAGCAACUGUUUAAUCCUUGCUGCAUACUAGGUGGAGGAGGAGGGUGUUGGAACGGUGGUGUUGGGGGGUGGCACUUGCUUCAGUUGCCUCCUAUGCUGAAACCUCAGGUAACUUGCCAACACGGGACUCAACAACAAGUAGCAGCAGUAACAAGGAAAUGGAUGUAGAAAUCACCAGCCGGUCCGGCAGCGCUCAGAGCAGAGGCAUCGGACACACAUGUGGCCACUUACCGCCGGUGAGAGAAGGUGAAUCAGUCCGGCAGUAAGUAGUGAGUCCCUGUGUGGGGUGAGCAGUGCGGUAACCGGGAGGAGGAGGGGUUGGUGCUGGGGCUGCAGAUUAUGCGAGUGAGGAGGCAGAUAACCGGCUCAGCUGCUUUAUAUAUACUGCGCGGCGGCGGAGGGAUGGAGUCCAGUGCUCACCCCUCCCACACCCUGCACAGGCCAUGCACAGACCUUUCCAGCCAGCUGUUGGUGGCUUACUGGUGUCCUCUGCCCCCAGACUGGUCAGGAGCUAUGCAGGGACUAGUGAGUACAUGUGUCAGUACUGGUGUAUAUAGUGCAACAUCAUUAUAGCCUGCCCAUUACAGUUAAUACCGCAUGUACAUAUAUAAAAGGCUAACGCUACACACACGCAGCAGGACUUCCAGAAAUCCGGCAGCUCCCCCCUAUAAUCCAGCCCUGAUGUUGAUUAUUUUGACAGGCUUUUAACUAGUAUAUUAUAAAUAUGUUCUUUGUAUUAUUCUAAUCAUUUAAAUAGUCAAAACGCUGAAGUAAAAAGUAUAUGACAGGUGAGGCAGUAUAUUUUCAACACAUCCUUGAUCAAAACUCACCAAAUUUCCAAUACUAUUUACUGCUGCACCUGUGUAUAAUGCCCACAUGCACCCUUGGGCUCAUAUAUUGUGUGUAAAUCUGGUUCUGAUACUAGCCAGUGCUUCCUGAGCCAUUUACCUCACUGCACGUCCCUGGUAGGAGCUGAUUGGUUGCUAUGGACAACUUCUCUACUUGUCUACUUCUUUACUCGUUAGAAGACUUGAUAAAGCUUCCCCCAGAGCAGUGGCCAAAGAAGUUUGAGGACAAAUUCAGUGAGAAGCAGCUGUUCAGAGCUUAGGCCCGGCAGCUGGAUAGCCUUUAUUUCACUGGGGCCUGUUAUUCCACACACGAGUCAGUAGUGUUCACCAUCGCACCAGAUCAUAUUUCCCUACUUUGCUUUUUUCCUCCCUGGGAGAAGCAGGUGGGCAGCAAUGGGGGCAGGGUUAGGCUAGUUGCAUCAUUAAGCCCCACCCACUCAUGGAUAAAUUGCUGCAAUUGGUUAACAUUUGCAUUGGGAAGGGCCAAAAUUACACAUUUUCAUGGAAACGUGUCACUAGACCCACGAGCACCCCAGUAUUCCCUAUAUUAAUCUCCCCAUUCUGCCCACUUCACUUGGAAGUGGGUGGGAUGCGUGAGGAGUGCCUACUCUUCCAGGGCUGCAGGGGACUACCCGAAAAAUCAGGUGUCUUCUGCAGGAUCCGGGAGAGUAGGCAAAUAUGCACCAGAUUUACCAACCUGCCAAAUAAUGAUCCUAUUCAUGCUGACUGCAUCAUGAUGUGUUAUAAUAAAUGCAUGUGCAAAUUAUUGACCCGUGGAGACCACAGUUAUGAAACACUGCACCGGAAUGCCUAUAAUGAGAUGGACUGGUAGAAGUGAAAAUCUAAUUUUUUAAUAUGAUAUAUACUGUAGUAGUACAUUUGUAUUAUUUGGCUUGUUUAUCAUAAUUGUUUCUUUGUAACAAAUUCCACAGCACUGGAUAGUCAGGUUCAUUGGCUGCAUGGCAAUUGUAGGUUUAUUAUAAGGUAAAUGCUGCACCCUUUAAUACGUAAUGCUUUGUCUUGGCUGUACCAUUCAUGGCUUCACCCUCUUCGCCUCAUCUCUCAUCCCUUUUCUCGGUAGGGAUGGGAGCUAUUUCGUGGGUCGUCACAUUUCCUCAUUGUCAAGCUUUGUCCAUUGUGCUCACUGUGUCUCGUUCAUUUGCAGUGCAUUGGGAUUAAUGUGGUGUAUGCCAUCUGGAAAGCUUGUGGAUGAAAACUAAUACUUGCUGUUAUUUUAUUUUUUUUCUGAACAAAAAGCUGUGAACAGCACUAGGUUUAAUGUAAUGUUACACUUAAAUGUUUAUAAAUAUAUAAAAUAUACCAUUUGCCUUAAAUUGUAGCUUUAGAAGUUUGAAUACCAAUGUUCUUGAAAAUGUCAACUUUUUUUUUUAACCUUGCAUCCAGUGUUAAUGCAGUAUUAUAUAGUUGAUGCGUAUAGUAGGCACUUGUUAUGUGUUUGAAUUUUUACUCUGGUGUUUAAACAUUUUGUCUUUGAAGUAUAAAACUAUACACGUUAUUUUGAAUACAGUUUUGUAUGUUAGACAGAGGACAUGAAAUACUGCCAGCACUCGACAAAAUAUACUUUUACCCCAACUUAA